GGAGAGAAGGGAGCACGCGUGUCUCUGUACUACUGCAGACAGAGUUGCAGAUAACCGGGCGAGAGAAAGGCAAGCAGGACAAGAAACUCCACACACAGCCAUCAUGCAUUUUAACUUGUUCAAGAAAGCAGAGCAGCCUGCUGAGGCUCAUACAGUGCCAAGCACCACAGAGCCGCCUAUUGUUUCCCAGGAGAAUUCCACUGCUGUGGCUGGAUCUGGAGACAAAGGUGCUGAUGCCUUCAGAAAGAUCCAACAGCAGCUUAUGAAUCAGAUCAACAAGAUUCCACUGCCACCAUGGGCCAUCAUUGCCAUAGCCGUAGUAGCUGGGCUGCUGAUCAUCACCUGCUGCUUCUGUAUCUGUAAGAAAUGUUGCUGCAAAAAGAAGAAAGGAAAAAAGGAGAAAGGAAAAGGGAAGAAAAACGCUAUGAACAUGAAGGAUAUGAAAGGGUCUGGCGGGCAGGAUGAUGAUGAUGAUGCUGAGACUGGUUUAACAGAGGGUGAGGAUAAGGAGGAGGAAGAGAAGGAAGAAGAGAAGCUGGGAAAGCUGCAAUUCUCACUGGACUAUGACUUUCAAAGCAACCAGAUCCAAGUUGGGGUCAUACAGGCCACAGAAUUACCUGCAUUGGACAUAGGAGGUACAUCAGAUCCCUAUGUGAAGAUUUUCUUUUUGCCAGAUAAGAAGAAGAAGUACGAGACCAAAGUUCAUCGGAAGACACUUAACCCCAUCUUUAAUGAGACGUUCACUUUUAAGAUUCCUUAUCAAGAACUUGGUGGAAAGACCCUAUGUAUGUCCAUAUAUGACUUUGAUCGUUUCUCUAAACACGACAUCAUUGGGGAAGUGAAGGUCGCUAUGAACACAGUAGACCUUGGGCAGCCAAUUGAAGAGUGGAGGGACUUGCAGAGUGCAGAAAAAGAGGAGCCUGAGAAGCUAGGUGAUAUCUGUAUUUCCCUACGUUAUGUUCCCACGGCUGGAAAACUGACUGUCUGUAUCCUGGAAGCCAAGAAUCUGAAAAAGAUGGAUGUUGGUGGCUUGUCAGAUCCCUAUGUGAAGAUUCAUUUGAUGCAGAAUGGGAAGCGCUUGAAGAAAAAGAAGACAACAGUGAAGAAGAAGACUUUAAACCCAUACUUCAACGAGUCUUUCAGUUUUGAGAUUCCAUUUGAGCAGAUCCAGAAAGUGCAAGUUGUAAUCACUGUCUUGGACUACGACAAACUUGGUAAGAAUGAAGCUAUUGGCAAGAUCUUUGUUGGAUGCAGUGCCACAGGAACCGAGCUUCGACAUUGGUCAGAUAUGCUGGCCAACCCACGGCGCCCUAUUGCCCAGUGGCACCCACUGAAGCCAGAAGAAGAAGUGGAUCUUGCACUCGGCAGCAAGAAGUAAAGAGCCAUUACACACAAUAUUCCCCUUGUCCUAUUACUUCAACCCUCACACUCUGCUGUGCAGACAUAAAGUUACACAAGUUCUGCUCACCCACCGGCUAUCCCUAUCACACAGCAGCCAGGACUUAUGGAACACAUCUAAGAGGUGGCAGUACAAAACAGACUCUUGUAGGUAUUUAAAAGGAUGAUUCCUACCAUUGUAAACAAGCUCUUGAAGUUGAUUAGGAAUGGUAGACAGUUGUCCUCCUCUUUCAUGUGUUCUAGGCAGUUUUUCUAUUGUACUUUUAAGUUGGUGGGUAAAGGAAAAAUGUUUGACAUACUGGUCUUCCAAAACAUACGUUUGAAAAUUCUAUCGCUAUAGAAAGUCACUGGGCCAUCCACAAAAUAGAUCAUCUCAGUCUCUUGUAAGGAUUGAGAAGCAAUUCUAAUUUGGGAACUAUAUUCUUAUGUAUUUAAUUUUAAUAAAUGAUUAAUAUACGUUUUUGUAAAUUAAUUUUUAUAUUAGUAACUUACAAAUAGAUUUCACAUUUUUAUUUCUUAAUUUUAUUUUAUAAUAUGUAUAUAUUUAGCAUUUUAAUUUUACUUUCCUAGACUUUAUGAUAAAAACCUCUAAAUUCUUAAAACAUGUCCCAUGCUGUAUAUCAGUGGCAGAGCUCAUUAUGGCAUCUUAGAUUUUUGCAAUACAGAAUUACGUCUUCCAUUUUUUAUUUUUUAAAGUAAGCAUCUUCUACCGUAUAUAGCGCCAAGGAUGGGGUAUAAUUGCUGUACAUUAAAGCUCAAGAAGUUUUAAUCCUUUCUUGGGAUGAAUUUACGUAUUUCUUUCAUUAUGUCACCAAAUGCAAGUGAAAGUGAUAAUGCCACAAUAAUUAAUAGAAGCAAAAUCAUUAAGAAGUUUACAUUAUUAACAGAUGGUAUUGGAAAAUUGAUGAAGUGUUAUAUAAAUAUUAGCAGGUGAGCUACUGUGCAGAAAAUCAGGUUUAGGUAUAGAGAGCCCGAAGUGGACCUUAAAUUGUUUUUGUAUGUCUGUCAUACUACAUGGGGUUGUGUCACUAAUAAGAACUGUUGGACAGAUGGUAUGUGUAAAUAAGCAGGACAUGAUUCCAGGAUGUAGAGUUUUUUUUAGGAUUCACUGAUACAUAGUAAAUGUACAUAGGAGUGUAGCAAAACAAAAGCAUGGUCUAUUUCGAGUUUGUUAUCCUCACCAGUCGCCUAAUUAAGCGUAAUCUAGGUGCUUGGAAUCCAUUCAACUUAAUCCAUCAAAACCAUUCAACUUAAUCCAUCAGUCCAAAAGAGAGAGUUUAAAACAGUAUUCUGAAGUGCUAUUGACUUUGGGGGAGUUUUAUAAAAACAUCUAAAUACAAGUGAAGUUGCUAAUAGCAACCAAUCAGAAUGUGACAGUAUGUACUUUAUAAAUGAUAUAAUCUAAUUGGUUCCUAUGUGCAACUGCUCCACUUUGAUGAACAAAGAACAAAACAGACUAUUUAAAAUAGGAUGAAAUAUAAUAUUUCAGGUUACGCUCUACUUUUUAAAAAUGCCCAUACACAUGCUAAUGUGUUACGUAUUAACCUGUUAAUAAGGCACUCUUUGCUACCUGUAUUUUAUAUUCACCAUUUCAAUUAACAAUCUUUUGUCCAAUUUCCUCUUCACCAAUCUAAGAGACUAAACACUAAAUCAAACACUGUUACACAACAAUCCAUUGACUCAAACAUAAUUACUAUCACGCCUGUAGUAAACUAUUUAUAAAAUGAUGUAAUUUAAUUUUUUUACAAUAUUAGAUUAAAUAUAGUCAAUAUUAGAUUAAACCUAGUCUAAAGGAAUGUCCGAGAUUGUGAUGUAUAAAUAAUAAUAAUAGGUCAUGUCUAAAUGCAAAUAAAAGGCACAGGCAAAUGUUAGUUCUCCUUGGUUUAGGACAUCAUUCAUCAAUUCAUAGAUAUAUGCAAAUGAUAUAUUUGCAUAUAUCUAUUUGCAUUUAUCUAUUUAUUUGCAUAUUUGCUGAUUCUCCAAGCUUAGACUGCAGGAGAGAGAGUUGAACGGAUUGGUGCAUAUCAUUCAGUCAGUGGACAGCUGUACUAAAGGAUUUGGUUUUGCUGGUAAGCACAAAAACAAGAUUUAGGUUUUGAUAUUACUGAAUGAAAAAGGUGUAGUUGUACUGACUUAGGAGGUUGUUGUUGCAAGAUACUUUAUCUCAGUCAUACAAUUCAUUUUACAGAGCUGCUAUGAAUGUGCAAAUGUACUUUACAAAAUGGAAUGGUGGAUAAGUAGGCACUACAAAAAAUAUCUGACUGGAGUAAAGAGUGGUGGAGUUUGUAUACACUUUGGGAUGAUUAUAUGCAGUAUAUAGCAUAUGGACAAUUUUAAUUUGUUGUAUGGGACAUUAUACAGUAACCUACCUCUUAAAAUUCAUUAAAGUGAGCUACACAAUGAUUCUGUGCUCAUGAAUAGAUGGAGUGACAAACAAUGGGAGACAGCAUACGUUCAACUGUAUAUGUAAUGUGCCAGGUCCAUUCAGAUGUACCGCACUCACAUACAUUCUCUAUUGAGUCAGGAUGCAUAUUCCUUACUGAGGGCAGGAUGUACUAAGCAUAAAAAUGUGGGCAAAACUCCAAAAAUGCAGUUUUCCGAGUUUUGGGCGCAUUUCCUUAUGUACAAAACUCUGGAAAGUAUUGCAUUUCGGAGCUUGGUACAUUUAGAAAUGUGUCCAAAACUCUGAAAAUCACAUUUAUUAACUCUGGAAUUUACCCAAUAAAUGUCGGGAUGUAUCGCAACGUGGAUGUAAUGCGUAGUACAUCCCACCAUUAGUCAGGUGAAAUGUCUCAAGCUUAUUCCGUGUGUACAUGUAUGAUUACAAUACAAUGAGCUGAUCCAAAAGUAAAACACUACAAGUGGGAAGACUGAUUACUAAAACCCAGAGGCGUAGGGUGGAGACAUGACACCCGGAGCAGGGUCAUGUCGCGGCUCCCCCACCCACCACCACACAUACAUACAUACAUACAUACAUACAUACAUAAAUAAAUAAAUAAAUAAAUAAAUAAAUAUAUACAUAGAUUCACACACAUUUAGGCACAGACAUACAUAAACACAUACACAGAUAUAUACACACACAUAAACACACUAAUAUACACACAGAUAUACAUAAACAUACACAUAUACACAGAUGUAUAUAUAUAUAUAUACACACACACACAAAUAUACACACAGAUAUACACAGACAUACAUAUACACAGAUAUAUACACACACUCAUAUACACAGUACACCCACAUAAAUAUACACACAGAUAUAAACAGACAUACAUAAAAACACACAUAUACACAGCUAUAUACACAGACAUACACAUAUACACACAGACAUACAUAAAUACACACAUAUACAUAGACAUAUACAUACCGGCAUACAUAAACACACACAUAUACUCACACAUACUGUCAGGGGUGUAUCUAGGGGUCCGAGCACCCCUGGCAAAGUAGGAACAGGCGCCUCCCACUCAUAUUUGAAAUACGGAAGUUGCCAAAAAAGGGACGUGGCCACACAAUAGUACCCUUAAUUCAUAUUGCACCACACAGUAAUGUCCGUUAUUCACAUUAUGCUACACAGUAGUACCCCUUGUCUAAUACCCCAUUUCUAACAUUAACAGGAAGACCUGUGAGUGAUGGCAGCUACUUUACUACAGCCUAUAUAUAUGUGUAUAUAUAUAUAUAAAACACUCUCCGGGUGCGGCAAUCCUGGCUUCACAAAGACGCAAGACACUAGCGUAGUCAAUAACGUGUGUGUGUGUGUAUAUAUAUAUAUAUACAUACACAUAUACAUUUCUCUUUGAAGAGGAGGCACCUGAGUCCCUGUCGAUGUCCCCCAUCCCGGGAAAGUUCCUCACACACAGGAAUUGCCGGCAAUGACCACAGAAGGCAGCAGCUGCAGCCACUGUUCUUGGCGCCGAGGUCCGGUCACCGCUCCGCA